CACAUCAAAAUCUGACCAUCGACUGACCAAAGACCUGAACAUGAGGCCACGCUGUAACUUCAUCUGUCUUGUGCUCUUCACUUUCUGCCCACUGGCUCACACAAUGUUAAUUACAUUGUAUUUUUCAUUUAUAUAAUUUCUGCAGUCUUCGGUUCCCGAUAAGUGCUGCUUUUCUUUUUCCAAUGUAAGAAUCCCAGUAAAGCAGGUUGUGAGUUAUCAUUUCACACAUCCUGAGUGUCACAGGAGGGGUAUCAUUUUCAUCACAAAAGAUCAAAGGGAGAUCUGUGCUGACCCGACAGAGAGAUGGGUUCAGAAACUGAAAAUGAUUGUUCGCCCAAUUGAAAUAUGGGCCAGACCUGAGACGGCAGUCGCCAGUUCUAAAGUGGACAGAGUAGCAAAGUAA